AGUUCAGAACAAGAGUUCAUUCAGAGCGACCAACCAACAACCAAACCAAAUCAAAAUGAAAUUCGCCCUCGCUAUUGUCUUCAGCCUGGCCCUUGCCAUGGGAGUGCAGUCUUCAGUGAUUCCAUUGGUCUCUCAAUUGGCUGGACAUGGACUCUCCUACACAGCUGUCUCAGGACCCUCUGUCGUUGCCGCUCCCUGGGCUGUUCCCUCUGCCCACUGGCCCGCUGCCGUAACUGUUGGAGCCUGGCCACCAGCAGUCUCUCAUGUGUCUCAUGUUGCCGCUCCCGUUGUGGCCGCCCAUGCUGCCUCAGUUGUGGCUCAUGCUGCUCCCGCUGUUGUUGUUGCCCCUGUGGCCCAUGAAGGCGUGUACACUGCCCAGACUCGUGGAGCCGUACACACCGCCCCUCUGGCCGGACACAUCCAGUCGGUGGCUUCCAUUAAUGCUGCCCCUGCCCCAGGAACCAUCUAAGUAAUGAAAUCUGUCUUCGUGCAAUUUCUUAAUCUUUGAUUGAACCACCCCCCGCCUUGCCAUGGAACUGCCUGAUGAUGAUCCUUUAGACUUCUCUUUAUUCUGAGAGAGAUUAAAGCAGAUUGUUGUCCUUGAUAUUUGUAAAUAGACAGGGUACGAUGCACCUGAAUCAAAAUUUCCUUUCGAAUGCACCCGCUCCUAAAAAACUCUACGUUAUUUAUUUAGACAAUAAACAAAGGUUUUCGAAAAACUUUACAUACAAAA